UCACCAUCAAGAUGUCACCACUAGAGAAAGAUACACGCGUGCGUUCUGGCUGAAUGUGUGGUCCACAAUUUUUCACGGCUUUUGCGAUAUCUCUUUUGCUAUUUUGCGGUCACGAAAUUACGAGUAAAAAUGAGCUCGUGUUAUAAAAUGAAUUGAGCAAGUUGACGUGAUACGCGACAGCGCGAUUGACGCAUCAAUCAUGUUGUAAACAUCAGUUAUUCCUAACCGUGUGGAGAGGCGAAUAUCAAGAAGUAAAUUUCGGAGUAAAUCAUCUCGACAAUAUAUUACAUCAUUAUUUUACGAAAUUUUGGGCGUUAAUGCUCAUAAUAUACCGAUGAGAUAUGCGGCAUCAGGUUGGACCAAAUCCUCCGCGAAUCUACCUGCUUGAUUCAUCUAUCGCUACAAACUACAAUAUCUGCGCUUAUCGGAGAGAUGUCCGCGGUAGAGGCAACACCGUUCAUCCGCACCAUCGAGUGGGACAUGAUGGACAAAACAAAGUUCUUUCCACUCAGCAUGCUGUCCUCGUUCUCGGUCAGAUGCUGUCUAUAUCCUCUGACAGUGAUCAAGACUCGGCUUCAAGUGCAGAGACAAAAUCACAUGUACAAUGGUAUGAUAGACGCGUGUAGAAAAAUUUACAAAGUCGAAGGCGUCACGGGCCUUUACAGAGGCUUCUGGAUAAGCUCCAUUCAAAUUGUUUCCGGAGUAUUUUACGUAUCGACGUACGAGGGUGUACGUCAUCUACUCACGCAGGAUACACCCCUCGGACGUGUUGACUCGAAGGUUAAAGCCUUGAUUGCCGGCGGUGCUGCCAGUUUAGUCGGACAAACAAUCGUCGUUCCCUUCGAUGUUCUCAGUCAACAUUUAAUGGUUCUCGGGAUCAAUAGUACUAAACACGGCAGAGUGUACGUGGAUAAGAUGGGAAUGAAUCCGUUGGGUUUGACCCUCGAACCUGGAAAAACUCGCGCACAAAUCUCUGCCGAAAUAAUAAAAUUAAUCUAUCAGAGAGAUGGUUAUCGCGGCUUCUAUCGAGGAUACAUCGCGUCUUUAUGCGCGUAUGUACCUAACAGCGCUCUUUGGUGGGGAUUGUACACAGUUUAUCAGGACGAGCUUAUAAGGGUGCUCCCGGGAUGGUUUUCGCAUCUAUGUAUACAAGCGAUAGCGGGCACGCUAGGAGGCUUUACGACCACGAUUAUUACAAAUCCCCUGGACAUCGUGAGGGCGAGAUUGCAGGUGCAACGGUUAGACAGUAUGUUCAGUGCGUUUAGGAUACUGUGGAUCGAGGAAGGACUGCUUAUGUUCACCAAAGGACUCUCCGCGAGACUUGUGCAAUCCGCGUGCUUCAGUUUCUCGAUAAUCCUAGGAUACGAGACCAUCAAGAGAGUGAGCAUAACCGAGGAAUACAAGAGUUACAUUCGGUGGUGAGCUCCAGAGUUACUAUUACGAUUAAUUUCACACGGACGGAAUGGCGUGCAUUCCAUCCGCAAUUUUUUAUACAACCGCGAUGCGCCCUUCAGUAUGUGUAUCACUUUCUACGCAUAAAAAAAAGUUUCGUCAUAAAUCAAUUAGCAAAUUUACUGUAUGAUAGUAAAAAUAUCCUAUAAAAAAGUUAGAUUCUUACGUAAAAAAAAAAAAAAAAGAAUUAUUUUCUUCGGAGCUAUACAAUAAAAAAAAUCAUGUUCUUUAUAUCAUUAAAUUAUAGUACGUUUUGUGUAGCGAUCGAAAAAGUUAUAGCUUUCGUUAUAUUUGAAUAAAUAAAAUUGUGCAAUCGUGUGCGUGCUUUUCGCGUCAUUGCCCAAAUUCACGCACUGCAAUUUAAUACGUUAGUCCCCCCCCCCCCAAAAAAAAAAGAAAAAAAAGAAAAGAAAAGAAACUUCGAAAAGAGAUACUUUGGUGUACAUAAAACGAUGGCUUCGAAUCUAACAGAACUGUAUGAAAUAGUGACAACUAGGUGAAUUCUUUAUAUAAAUAUAAUGAAGCGCGCAUUUUGUACGCUACUGUUAUGUGUCAGACGGAGUACAAAACUUUGUAACAUGUUACAUUAGAUAUGUUACUGUGAUACAAAUAUAAUAAAUAUGCUCCUAUCCGUGUUUUCAAGACGGCUUGUAUGUUAAAUACGUGUUCGCGUUUGUAUCGCGUUGAGAGAGAUGUGUUAAUGAUAAAAUAAUAUAUAGAUACACACAGAAUCCUAGUCAAAUAUGGGCAUAAUGUGUACGAACGUAUAUACGUAUAUAUAUCGGCCGUCCUGAAGAUAUGAAUUUAGAAUGUAAUAUCUGAAUUAAAUGGAUUACUAACUCAGAGAGAUGAAAUAUCGAUAUAUCAUAUACGUAUACUGUAAAAAAAUUCAAGAAACAAGAUUAUUUAAUACCGCUUACUAUAUAUUGUCUAUGUACAUACGGAAAGAUUGAGAUCCCUGAUAAAUAUUAAGAGGAUGUGAAUAAAUUUUAUCAUAUACAUUAUAAA